UCUGCUCGAUAGCUGUCAUCAGUUCAAAGUUGAAAAGAGUUCGUCACUAUCUGCCGGAAGCUUCAAGAAGUUACUGUUACACGUAAUUUCCAAGUGUCUACAGAGCGAACUCUACCAGAGAAGUACCCCAAACGAAAGUAUCGUAUAUAAGAGAGGUGUUACGCGGAGCGAGAAAUUUAACUACGCACUUGAAGCUAAACAAAAGUUGGCUCGAACAGCUGGGGACAUGGAUCAGAGCCACAUCCCUCUUAUGAGCCAGGCAUUUGCAGUUCCACGAGAUGUCUUCGAAGGGGCUAUGGCAUCUAAAACUUCCGCUUCAAUGUUGACAUCUUCCUUGGCUGGAUCCACAAGUCCAUUUCUGAAUAAUCCAGCUGCUGCUGCCGCUUGUGGCAUGUAUCAUUGUGUUCCACAGCGUCGUCGUUCUUCUGGUGAAUCCUUCAUCAGCGAGCUCAGCGAAUGUGAAGCUAAGCGACCUCGCUUAUCCACACCAGACUCCGUCUCCGCGCAAAUGUUUGCUCAGAGAAUUGAAAGCCAAAACCAUAAACGCGAAACUAUGAAGCAAUUGAUUUUUGAGAGAAUCGAUCGUACGAAAGAGAAGAUGUUGUGGAUGCUGAAAAUGCAGGAAAUGCGUGAACUCAUUCAGUUCUCUGAGAUGUCCAAGAAUGGCUUAACCCUCCAUCAAAUAAGCAACAGUCAAGGAAACAAAACUCAGUAUUACUCUCCUUCGACGCCAACCAAAGGAGAACAAAAUAAAAUUGCUAUUUCUGCCUGUGAAGAGAAUGAACCCGGAUCAGUCGCACUGAAAAUAAUUUCUCGUGCUCCAAAAACAAUCCAAAGAGCCGCCAACGAUGAAAACCGUCUAAAGCAUUUGCCACCGUCUAUCCAGAGAAUACGUCAAGUCCCUGGCAUUACCGUAAUAAUGGAUCCGCCCCUGCAGAGUGAACAAAAUAUUGGCUACACUUGCAAGUCUUACGAUGGGCUUGCAUGGGACCACCAAGCCCUUCCCAAAAUUGUGGCGGUUCAUUCUGUAGCCAAACACACAUCUGUAAACGCCAGGAAUGUCGAACGUGCCCCUCCUUCCAAACCACCUGCUGUUGCGCAGAUACCAUCGAAGUCCAACACUAGUGGAAUGUCAUAUUACUCUGCAAAGUCUCAAGAAACUCGCAUGCAUUCCCCAGUCACAUAUUCGCAGUGUGACACCAGAAGAGGAACUUCUGUUUUUUCGGAAUCAAAAGAUCAGGAUAUAGUUGAGGUCGAAGUUAAAGAAGUUCAUUCUCGAAAGAUUCACCGUUCAAGAAGCGCACAAAAGAUGUGCCCGGAAACAAACGUUACAAAUUGCAUUAAGUAUUCAGGUGAAGGAAUGAAGCAUUUUCUUAUGGGAGCAUGCGUUGAAAAACCGUAUAUCGCAAAACCUACUCUUGCUUCAAGUUACGGUAACCUCUCAGGAAAUUUUGAUGGAUACAAUAGCCGGAUACAUGGAAUAUGUUCUGAUUCAGAGAUUUACCAUUGUGGUCCUCCUCCAUACCCAGCAUUUCUUGACAGUCCAGAGCUAGACAAACUGGAGAAACAGAAGAGACCGCCACCUGUGUCAGGAGAGCGUCGAAACAGCAAUCCCAAUUCACCAAGGCUCACUAAAACUUUACCAGAGAUCAGUGCAAAAAUCAUCGAGACUCGAGAGAGGAUUAAAACCGAGACUAUUGAGUGGAAGAAGAAGUUACUGUGUAAAGUGGAGAAGCAAUUGAUUCGGAAGUUAAGACGGGUCGAGAAAGAAACGGGAGAGAAAACAGAGACGGAGGAGUUGCGAGAGGAGGAGGAGGCUCCAGCGCGAGUUUCAACGGAAAAGAGGAAACGAAAGAGCCAAAGCUUGGAAAAACGAAGGACCCAGAUAGAUAGCGUGACGGAUGAGGAUGAGGCCAACAAAUCCCCAGAGAGUGACGCUUUGGAAAACUUUCCAGAAGCAGAAGAAAGAAAAGAGUCCGGCGAUGUGCGAGUGGAAGCUUUACUAGACCAACAACACAAGCAAGAGGGAAUUUUUCCAUCGAAAGAUAACAAGAAAGAAGAGAAAGCCGCAGUGUCUGGCUACCACUGUAAUUCUGAGGAUCCCAGUCCGAAAAACGAAGACUGCGUGACAAACGAAUUUUCUCAAGAAACAAAUCCUUCUAGCAACUUAAAGAGAUUGCGUGCAAAGGGAGGCUUGAAUGUUGGAGGCGCUGAAUACGUCCAAACUUGCACAGCAGAGAAGAACACGAAGUCUCAAUUAUUAGAAUUCAGCCAUGGUGAAGAGAAGUCGCCACAAGAUUUCCAAACUGAAGAUGAUUGCGUGACAAAGAAUAGUAACGACAACAAGGACUUUACGUGUAGAUGCCUGACCUCUCUUGAGGAGACGAUGCCUUUGCUGAAAACCUCUCUCACGUCAUCAGCCAGUGGUGCAAAAACAAAGAAGCAGGAUAAAAGAGACACUAAGGUUCAGAAUUUGAACUCAAUAAAUGGGGAACUUCAAAAUUGUAACAAAGAAGUACGUACAGCGAAGGCAGCGACUCUCAGUUGUGAGAGAAAUAUAUGGGAAGUGCUUAGAGGGAAUGGAAUUUCUUGAUAUUAUAUUGUAAUCGAACGCUUUCGAGAACUUUUUCAAUAUCGUGCGGAAAUAAUUUAAUUACUUUAGGUAAUGAUGCAAAUGAUUGAUUGAAAAAACAUGUAAGGGUGAUGAUGGCAACGAUGGAUAUUUAUUUUUAUCGGUUUUUUGAUAUUUUUGUGGCUGUUGCCUAUGGUGGUCUUAUUGAAA